CCGAGCGGUUUCUGCGGAGUAGCGGAGUGGAGGCCCCCCUCCGAGGAGGUCGGGCCGACACCCAGUCAGACACACAGUUAGCCGCGGACACCGAGCGGUACUCGCGACGUCUUCGGCGCUGUCUGCACACGCGUCUCACCUGCCAUUCGAGGAAUGCGCUGGCGUCGCUCGUACAACAGUAACGUGUUAGUGUGUUCCUGAAGCAAAAAGGCAUGUGUGUUGUGUCGUGCCCCGAAGCCACCUCAGAGCAGCGCCAGUGAGUCUGGCGAGACGACGGAGCUGCUCGCGCGUUAUCUGUCUCUCUGCCUCAAGAUCGUGGACUGAACGAGUCCAACAUCGACACGGCCGAGCUGAGUUAGGUUGCCGGCGCAGAAGACACAGUAGCCAUGCCGAGCAGCAGCCGCGGAACUCCUGACUCCCUCCACGCCUCGGGCGGCGCGGAGACGCGGGAGGACGUGCCGCUGAAGGCGCGGCACGCGGGCGCGCGCUGCCCCGCCGGCCCGCGGCUCAUCCUGGCCGCCUUCGCCGCGCUCUCCGCCGCCAUCACGCUGGCUCUGCUCACGCAGAUCUACUACGGCGACUACGAGCUGGUGCCGCACGGCAGCGUGUCGUCGUCGGCGGCGGCGUGCUCGCGCGCCGGCACCGACGCGCUGAAGGCGGGCGGCCGCGCGCUCGACGCCGCCGCCGCCGCCGCGCUGUGCCUCGCCGUGCUGGCGCCGCACCGCACCUCCCUCGAUGCGAGCGGCGCGCUGCUGUACUGGGAGUACCGCAACGCGCGCACGCAGCCGGCCGCGCUGUUCGAGUGGGGCGACGCGCCGGCGCCGGGCGGCCGGCCGCCGCGCCUCGUGGCCGCGCUCGCCACGCUGCACGCGCAGCUCGGCGCGCUGCCCUGGCAGCAGCUGCUGAUGCCUACCAUACAACUAGCUAAGGACGGGUUCCAGGUGUCGGAGGGUCUGGCGGCGGCGGCGGCGGCGGCAGGGGACGCCUCGUACCAGGCCGGCGCCCUCGCUGCGGCGCCUGCGGUAGCCGCCUACCUCAGCGGCUUGCUCGCCAACACCAGUGCUGAGCUGUCCGCGGCGUGGGGCGGCGCGGCAGGCGUGCGGCGCGGGGCGGCGCAGGCGGCGCGCGCGGGCGCCUGGCGCGCACUGGCCGCGCCGCGCGCCGCGCCCGCCCUGCGCGCGCUCGCGCAUGCGCUGCAGCCGCCGCCCGCCUCGCCCGACGACGCACAGCGCAGGGCGCUGGAGUGGCUGCAGGGCGAGGCGCGCGCGGGGACGCUGGCGCCGCGCGGCGUGGCCACCGGCCUGGCCGCCGUCGACCAGUACGACACCUACGUCGCGCUCGUCACGGGCACAUCGGUGGCGUUCGGGUCGGGCCCGCUCGCGGCGGCCGGCUGGCUGCGUGACGAGCCCUCCGCGCCGCUCGACCUCGCGCCCGCCUUCUUACUCGACGACGCUGUGUGCGGAACGCGCUACGUGGUGGGCGCGGAGUCCGCGAGCGCGCUGGCACAGGCGGCGGCGGCGCUGGUGACGGACGGCGCGCCGGGCGCCGUGGAGCGCGCGCGCGCCGACGUGCUGCCGGGCGGCGCGCUGGCGCUGCAGGCGGGCCGGCCCGCGCCCGCGCGCCUCGCGCUGCCCGCGCCCGCGCCGCCGCGCAACGCCACGCCGCCGCACGCCGCCGUCAACCUGGUGCAGCAGCGCGCCGACGCGCUCGCCUCGCACGCCGACAGCCGCGGCGGCGGCCUCGCCUCGCGCUUCUGACUGCACUCGCACUCCUCCCACACUAUAUGGACUUCUGCCUAAUUCUAUACCUUCGCUUCUACAUAUUAUAUGAAAAAUAAUAAGUUCCUAUAGGUACUUACCAAUUAAUUAAACUUUAGGUAAAACAUCAAUGAAAACCGAUAACCCUACGUAACCACCUCACUGUCGCGAGCAAUGUCCCCGUAAAAUCUGACAUCGUUUUAUGCAAGAAUCAUAAAAUAAAGAUGAAAAUGUAGUGAA